AUGGUUCAGUACGACAGUAAAGAAACACCUAGAAUCAAAGCGUGUGCAUCGAAAGCUCUCACAUUAACUGAAAAAAAGUAUCCCCACACACAGAAGGAAGCACUCGCUGUUGUGUGGGGUAUCGAACGCUUUUCCUUUUAUUUGAUCGGGCAAUCGUUUGUGGUGAGAACUGAUGCCGAAGCGAACCAACUUAUUUUCAAUGGUCUUCACCGAAUCGGCAAGAGGGCUACAACAAGAGCUGAAUCUUGGGCACUUCGUCUGCAGCCCUACAAUUUUAAAAUGGAAAGGGUGGCCGGUGAAGACAAUGCUGCGGAUGCAUUAUCCAGACUCAUCCAAGAAACACAAAACGCUGAGCCCUUUGAAGAUGAUAACACAGGUCACUUCCUUUAUGCAUUGGAUGCAUGCUCGAUGGAGAUAACGUGGGAAGACAUCGAAAGACAUGCUGAAAAUAAUAAAGAACUGCAAGGAGUAAUAAAAUCAUUGGAAAGCGGAUAUUGGUCUCCCAUGCUGAAGAAGUACGAAAGUCAAAGGAAUAGUCUACACUGUCUAGGGAACAUGCUAUUUAAAGACGACAAAAUUGUUCUGCCAGAUAGUCUACGUCUGAAAGCUAUGAAGUCAGCACAUGGUGGACACAUUGGAGAAGUGGCUCUAAAACGUGUUCUGCGAGAAUAUUUUUGGUGGCCAGGACUAGCCCAAGCAGCCGAAAAAUUUGUAAAGGGUUGCAACACAUGUAAUUUGUUAUCCAAAAAAAAUCCACCAGUUCCACUUUGCUCUAGAAAUUUGCCGGACGGUCCCUGGGAGAUACUCCAGAUCGAUUUUCUUUCACUUCCCAAUUGUGGCUCGGGCGAGUUUCUCGUUACUGUAGACACAGACUCGAGGUACCUAUCUGUCGUGGAAAUGCGAAGCAAGGACACACAAUCUACUAAUACUGCUCUGUGUGAGAUUUUCAAAACCUGGGGCUUGCCAAGAAUCAUUCAAAGCGACAACGGCCCUCCUUUCCAAGGUUCUCCCUUUUGUGAUUAUUGGGAAGAUAAAGGAAUAAAAGUUAGAAAAUCAAUUCCACUAAGCCCUCAAUCAAAUGGAGCGGUUGAAAGGCAGAACCAAGCCAUGAUAAAAGCGGUAGCUGCAAGUAAAGUGGAAGGUUUAAACUGGCGCACGUCUCUGGAGAAGUAUGUUCACAACCACAAUACCCUAAUUCCUCACGCGAGGCUCAAAGUCACACCCUUUGAAUUGAUGGUUGGGUGGAAAUAUCGGGGGACUUUUCCAGUUUUGUGGAGUAGAACCGUUGAUAAGCCCUUGGAUAGAAUAGAUAUUCGCGAGAAAGAUUCGGAAUCAAAGCUGUCUAGUAAAAUAUACGCUGAUACCUCCAGGGGGGCCAAAUUAUCGGACAUUAAUGUGGGCGACAAAGUUUUGAUGGCGCAAAAUAAAAAGAAUAAAACCGACACAACCUUUUCACCAGAAUACUACAGAGUAAUUGCAAGGAACGGUAAAAAAGUUGCCGUCAUGAGUUCGAAUGGCGUGCAGUACAGCAGAAAUAUCCAAGAUCUAAAAAAGAUUGAGAUUAACACACCGGAACCGGAUGACAAUCCAAAUGUAAACACUAACAUCGACUUACCUGAUGAUACAUCGACCUUGGAAUCAGACAUUUCAAUGCAACAGCCGAAAACAACUGCUACUAGCUCCCUAAGGUCCAGAGAAAGGAUAAGGAAACCACAAAGAUUUGACGAUAAUUAUAUUUAUGUGGUAUUUCACUGA